GAUGUGGGGAGCUGUCAGCCUCUGAGGACGUUUGAUGGAGUUCACAGUAAAGCCAUCACUGAGUGUGCUCUGAUCCCCAACAGCAACAGGAUGGUCACAGUGUCCUGGGAUAAGAAGAUGGUGGCCUGGGACCUGGAGACCGGACUCACUCUGUGGAAAUCGAGGCAGCUCGGCCUGCUGACCUCCUGCAGCUCCUCGUCCGACGGCCGGCUGGUCGUUUGUGCUGUAAAUCCUCAGAAUGGCGUUUCCGUCUGCGACGCCGCCAGCGGACAGAUGUUGCACCACGUCAGCGAUCUUCACCGCUCCUGCAUCACUCGAUGUCGGUUCGACCCUCAGAGCCAGCGAGUGGCCACCGUCUCUGCAGACCGCAGCAUCAAACUGUGGGACCUGCGGGCGCAGAAAACCACCGUGUCCAUCGACAGUAACCAUGGAAACGUCGUCUCAGCCUGCUGCUUCACCAGCAACGGGCACUUCCUGUGCACGGCGUCGUGGGACAAGACGCUGAAGCUGUGGGACCUGCAGGCGGGGGGGUUCCGAUCUCACGGCGGGACGCCGCUGCAGGGAGGCCACGCAGGCAGCGUGAGUGCCUGCUGCCUCGCCGCUGCUGACGCGAACCUCCUGGUGUCCGCCUCCUACGACAGGACUGUUGCUCUCUGGGAUUUGUCGUCUCUCUCUCAGACUCUCGUGCUGAAGGGCCACAGUGAUUGGGUGACAGAUGUGUCAGUGAGUGCUGACAGGAAGUUGGUGGCUUCUUCCUCCAAGGACGGGACUGUUCGGCUGUGGGACAUAGAGAACAUGGAAGAAAUCCCAGAGGUCAUGAAGAAGAGGAAUGCGGAGGGAGCGGGAAUUCACAUCCUCAAGUGUGAAGAGUGUGGAAAGCCAUUCCCAGUGUCCAGACUGCUGACCUCAGAGCUGCUCACGCAGUGCGUCUUCUGUCGCCUCAAAUCGCCACCCAGAUACCGACCGCAGCCGCCACCGCUUACAUGA